UCAAACUAGAAAAUCCAAAUAACUUUGACCUUUUAUUCGGAUGCAAAUAAAUAUCUCGUAAAACGCGGCCAAUUAAAGGCUAAUACUUGGAAACGAAGGAAAAGCCCAGUCCCUUUCCUUCUCAUCUUUUAAUUUCUUUAUCAUCAUCAUCAUCUCAAUACUUCAACAUAAAACUUUCAAAAUUGAAAAAAUAAAAAUAAAAUAAAAUAAAAAUAAAGGACCGAGAGGAGCGGAAAUGUGUUUCAAGUUGGUUUUUCGAUCUCUGCAAGAGGUCUUUCCCCAGGUUGAUCUUCGUAUACUCAAGGCUGUUGCAAUUGAACAUCCUAAGGAUGUUGACGCAGCUGUUGAAUUUGUUCUUUCUGAAGUUCUACCUUCUUUAAAUGAACAAACCGAGGAAUUAUACACACUUGAUGGAUUUGAACGUUCCCCAGCUGAAGUUGAGGUGCAGGACACUUUUUUGGGUAAUCAAAGAGCUGAAGAGGAGAAUAUAAAUCUUCUUCCAGGAUCAUCAGUAUGUUAUGAAACUGAUCCGCACAGUGAUUAUUUAUUGGCUGCUAAUAUGGAAGUAGAUGGAGAUUUGUUAUCAAAUUUGCCUUCAGAACCAACCUGUGUAGAACGUGAAAUGACUGAUGUUGCUGAUAAUGCAAAUGCUGCACUUCAUGUCAAAUCACAGUCAAUGAAUGAUACUGCUAGUUGUUCUUAUACCUAUAUUAGCAAUCAGCUUGACUCCAAUGAAGAACCACUAGCCAUUUUAUCAAAUGCCAGUGUUAACGGUCAACUAAUGUCCAAUGAAGAUUCUGAAGACCAAGAUACUUCAGUAGGGCACAUUUCUCGACCACUUCAGGCAUUAGAAGGAAAUGAUCAUGGUGGUUCACUUGCUAAUGUAUUAAGAAAUGAUUCAGAAAUUAGUGAUUCUUCCCCACCUGCUAUUGCUUCUAUUCAGAAUAUUUCGUCAUCUGUUUGUGAAGAUACUUCAAAUCUGCAGUGUGGAGCUUCUUUGGACCAAGUUGAUGACAGUAUUUUAGGUAAUUCUGCAGAGGAACACUCAAGGAGUAUAUCUGAAAAUGCUUCAGAGUUUGUGGCUCUUGAAACUGCUGGGUCUUCUGGUGCUGAAAUGACUACAUUAGUAGGUAGCCAGUCGAACAAUGUAGUGGGAAUGGACACCUUGGAGGAUUUUGUAUCAGAUGUUAGACGCAACAAGGAAACUUUGGUGCUUGCCUUUGAAUCAGUAAAUGAUAAGAUGAAAGAAGUGGAGCUUCAUGAAGAUAGAGCCAAACUAGCUAAGGAAGACGUCUCCAACGCUGGCCUUCAGAUCCUUGCCAAGGCAGAAGACAUGAAAGAAAAGUUGAAACAUGUGAAAGAAGCAAACGAGAUGCAAUCUGGAGAAGUUUAUGGUGAAAAGUAUACAUUAGCAAUCGAAGCUCGGGGGCUUCAGUCUCGCCUUCUUAAUCUAUCAGAAGAAAGAGAUAAGACUCUCUCAAUAAUUGAGGAGAUUGACCGAACUCUGGAGGUGCGCCUAGCCGCUGCCAAAGAAGAAGAAGCUGCGGCUGAAAAAGAGAAGCUUGAAAGGGAAGAAGCUGCAAUCAAAUUUCUUAAGGAGCAGGAAGUCAUCAUGGAGGAACUAAUGCAAGAGUCAAAAAAACUUCAACAAGCAGCAGAGGAAAAUACCAUGCUGAAGGAGUUCUUAAAUUACUGUGGCAAAUUUGUUGAUGGAUUGCAGGGAGAAAUUGCGGUUGUCUGUGGGGAUGUGAAGCUGCUUAAAGAAAGUAUUGAUGGUCGUCUCAGGAAAACUCUGCCUCCUAUAAGCUCCAGCUUGUCCUCUUCAUCAAGCUCCUCAUCUAAUCUCAGGAGCUCUUCUGAACGAAUUCUUCAUACUGUGGAGCUGGGAGAGAGUUCAAUAGGUAAUAUUCUAGAAGCUCCCGAGAACAAGCAGCUUCAAAGCAAUGCAAAUGAUAACAAUUCAGAUGAUGACUGGGAAAUUUUUGGAUGAUGUGGUUCAGCUGCACCCCUGUAACUCCUUGAUUUUGAGAAGUACCUUUUAGGAGUUAUCGCAGCCUAGACUUGUAUAUAUAAAUUAAAAAAAUAAGGGUUUUGAACUCUCCAUAUCAUCUUUUGUGUAUAGUAUUAGUCUUGUUAUAGCUAUGUGGUAUGUUAGACUUGUGCAAGUGGAAUUAAAUGUUGAAUGCUUGGGACUUGUUCAUAGUAUUACUUUGUAUUAAUAAUCCAGUACUUAUCUCGAGAGAACCACAGGGAAGUAGACAUAAGGGUUAUAUUUUCAUAUGACAUUUCUGAUUGGCAUAUUUUGAUGAGUUGUAUAUUA